CUUCUGGGAGGGUGUGGCCUGGAAAACGGCUUUUAGACAAAACUGUCACUUUAUAGGUCAGCUAGAGACAGACUGGCUUUGCUGUCUUCAGAAUAAUGUCACCCAAGCCCCUUUCCUGUUUUCUGCACUUCUGAAAGAUCUAGUCUAGGCUCUGGCGUCUCCUCAAUCUUGGAGGAAGAGGAGGAAGUUGGACUUCUUUGAAGAAGUUGAGGCCACUAUUCCUGUUGCGGGUGGAAGAGCAUGAUUUUUACAAUUUAUAGAAGGUCUAUUUGGGAACUGUUUACUGUGACCACAAAACCCUGAACAUUUGCUUUGAACAUGAACCCACGACAAGAAAAGUCACAGGACCGAGCCAUUGUCAGAAUAGCCGCUCAUUUGCCAGACCUCAUUGUCUACGGAGAUUUCUCUUCAGAGCUACCAUCUGUGGAUUAUUUUGAUGGAGUCUUGAUGUUUGUUGAUAUUUCAGGUUUUACUGCAAUGACUGAAAAGUUCAGCACAGCGAUGUACAUGGACCGAGGGGCUGAGCAGCUGGUGGAGAUCCUCAACUACUACAUAAGUGCAAUAGUGGAGAAAGUGUUGAUUUUUGGAGGAGACAUCUUAAAAUUUGCAGGUGACGCCUUGCUAGCCCUGUGGAAGGUGGAGCGAAAUCAACUGAAAAACAUGAUCACAGUGGUAAUUAAAUGUAGUUUGGAGAUCCACGGUUUGUUUCAAUCUCAGGAGUGUCAAGAAGGCCUGGACAUCCGAGUCAAGAUAGGCCUGGCUGCGGGCCACAUCACUAUGCUGGUGUUUGGAGACAAAACACGCAACUUCUUUCUGGUGAUUGGUCAGGCAGUGGACGACGUGCGCCUUGCACAGAACAUGGCCCAGAUGAAUGAUGUCAUUCUGUCACCAAACUGCUGGCAGCUCUGUGACCGCAACAUGAUUGAAAUAGAGAGAAUUCCUGACCAGAGAGCAGUUAAGGUUAACUUCCUAAAACCACCCCCUACGUUUAACUUUGAAGAAUUUUUCACAAAGUGUAUGGCUUUCAUGCAUUAUUAUCCUUCUGGUGACCACAAAAACCACCUAAGGCUUGCAUGCGUGCUGGAGUCUGAUCCUGAGCUGGAGCUGUCCCUACAAAAGUAUGUGAUGGAAAGCAUAUUGAAGCAGAUUGAUGACAAACAGCUCCGGGGUUAUUUAUCUGAGCUCCGCCCAGUGACAAUUGUGUUCGUAAACCUCAUGUUUAAGGAACAAGACAAAGUAGAAGACAUAAGUGAGGCCAUCCAGGAUGCCUGUGUGCAUAUUAGUUCUGUCCUGAGAGUCUUCCGAGGCCAAAUCAAUAAAGUCUUCAUGUUUGACAAGGGCUGCUCCUUCCUCUGUGUCUUUGGUUUCCCUGGGGAAAAGGCACCUGAUGAGGUCACUCAUGCCUUGGAAAGUGCUGUGGAUAUAUUUGACUUCUGCUCUCAGGUCCACAAAAUCCAUACCGUUUCCAUCGGCGUUGCCAGUGGGAUCGUCUUCUGUGGGAUCGUUGGACACUCUGUGAGACAUGAGUACACAGUCAUUGGGCAAAAAGUCAACAUAGCUGCCAGGAUGAUGAUGUACUACCCAGGAAUCGUGACCUGUGACUCUGUCACCUACAGUGGCAGCAACCUACCAGCAUACUUUUUUAAAGAGCUUCCAAAGAAAGUCAUGAAAGGUGUUGCAGAUUCUGGACCAGUCUAUCAGUGUUUGGGCCUUAAUGAGAAAGUCUUGUUUGGUAUGGCAUACCUCAUCUGCAACAGAAAUGAGGGUUACCCUUUGCUGGGACGUGAUAAGGAGAUCAGAUACUUCAUGUGUAGUAUGAAGGAAUUUUUGAUGUCAAGCUGCAGCCGAGUCCUAAUGUAUGAAGGAUUGUCGGGAUAUGGAAAAAGCGAGAUACUUAAGGAAAUUGAGUACCUGGCCCAAGGUGAAAAUCAUAGGACUAUUGCUAUUGCAUUGACUAAGAUCAGCUUCCAUCAAAAUUUUUAUGCCAUCCAGAUUCUCAUGGCCAAUGUGCUAGGUUUGGAUAUUUGUAAACAUUAUAAAGAACGACAGACUAACCUUCAAAAUAAAGUCAAGAAACUCUUGGAUGAAAAAUUCUAUUGUCUUCUUAAUGAUAUUUUCCAUGUCCAGUUCCCUAUUUCACGAGAGGUUUCAAAGAUGUCCACUGUGAAAAAACAAAAGCUAUUGGAAUCAUUGUUUAUGAAGAUCUUGGAGCAAACAGUGAAAGAGGAGAGGAUUAUUUUCAUCAUCGAUGAGAGUCAGUUUGUCGAUACCACCUCCUGGGCCUUUAUGGAGAAGCUUAUUCGAACUGUCCCUAUCUUCAUCAUCAUGUCCCUGUCACCCUUCGUCAACAUCCCCUGUGAAGCUGCCAGUGCCAUAAUGAAGAAUAGGAAUACCACCUACAUCACUCUUGGACCUAUGCAGCCUCAGGACAUUCGCAACAAAGCUUGCCUGGACCUCAAUGUCCAGGGAAUCCCCAAAGAACUGGACUUGUAUCUGGUGGAAGGAAGCUGUGGGAUUCCAUUUUACUGUGAAGAAUUGCUUAAAAAUCUUCAUCACCACAAGAUACUUGUUUUCCAACCAGUGGAAUAUGAAGAAAAGACAAAUAUCACCUGGACCAACCUGUUCAAAAAUUUUGCUAAUCCAAGUGAGGAAUUAAGAGUACUUACUCUCAAUAAUGAGGAAAAAAAUGAAGUCUGUAACCUUGUUAGAGGUGUCAGAUUGAAAAACUUGUCACCACCAGCAUCACUGAAAGAAAUCUCUCUGGUCCAGUUGGAUAGUAUGAGCCUUUCCCACCAGAUGCUGGUGAGAUGUGCAGCCAUCAUUGGCCAGAUCUUUACUACAGAGCUGCUGUUUGAGGUUCUCCCUUGUUGGAACAUGAAGAUGAUGAUCACUGCCCUGGCAACCCUAGUAAAAUCCAAUGUCUUUGACUGUUUCCGGAGUGGCAAGGACCUCCGAAUGGCCCUACGACAGAAUCCACCCUCAUUUGAGGUCAACUGUCGCUCCCAGUUCCUGAAGCCCACUGCUGGCAUGGCUCACAGUGCAAGCGAAGAGCUUCUUGAACUGGAAAGCGAAGUGAUUGAGUGUCACAUCAUUCGAUUCUGCAGACCCAUGAUGCAGAAGACAGCUUAUGAGCUGUGGCUGAAGGACCAAAAGAAAGCCAUGCACUUGAAAUGUGCCCGCUUCUUAGAAGAAGAUGCCCACAGAUGUGACCACUGCCGGAGUGGGGACUUCAUUCCCUAUCACCACUUCACGGUGGACAUUCGGCUCAACGCUUUGGACUUGAAUACCAUCCGGAAGAUGGCUAAGUCCCAUGAAUUUCAAUUGGAAGAAGAGAUCACCUCUUUCAAAAUAGGGAUUCCAAAGAAAUUUGACAUAUUUCCUGAAAAUUUCAGUUCUGAAGAAAUCAGAGAAAAGAUUUUGAGUUUCUUGGACUUCACUAUAAUAAGGAUGAAGCUAUCUGAGGAAGACAUCAUCCCUCUGGAAUCGUGUCAGUGUGAGGAGAUUCUAGAGAUUGUCAUCCUGCCUCUAGCCCACCAUUUUCUGGCUUUGGGAGAAAACAACAAAGCCUUAUAUUACUUCCUAGAAAUUGCAUCUGCAUACCUCAUCCUGGGUGAUAGUUAUAUGGCAUAUAUGUAUUUGAAUGAAGGAGAGAAAUUGCUGAAAACUCUCAAGAGGAGAAAAUCUUGGAGUGAGACUUUUGAGUUUGCCACAUUUUACAGCCUCAAAGGUCAGGUCUGUUUCAAUAUGGGCCACAUGGUGCUUGCCAAGGAAAUGCUGAGAAAGGCAUUGAAGCUCCUCAACCGAAUCUUUCCUUAUAGCUUAAUCUCUCUAUUUCUCCAGACCCAUGUGGAGAAAAAUAGACACUAUCAUUAUAUGAAUCAGCAGGCCCAAGAGAGCUCACCUCCAGGGAAGAAGAGGUUGGCACAGCUCUACCAGCAGAUCACCUGCUUCUCCUUGCUGUGGCAGAUCUACAGCUUAAAUUAUUUUUUUCACUGCAAGUAUUUUAGCCACCUGGCCGCUCUGAUGCAAGUGAACACCGCCCAUGAAACUCAAGAUGAUUUCCAGAUCAUUAAGGCCUACCUGGACUACUCGCUGUACCACCAGCUGGCCGGCUACCAGGGCGUGUGGUUCAAAUAUGAAGUUAUGGCCAUGGAACAAAUCUUCAACCUCCCCCUGAAAGCCGAGGGCAUUGAAAUUGUGUCAUAUGUGGCUGAUACACUGAGCUACAUCAAGCUCAUAAUGGGUCACUUGGACUUGGCCAUUGAUUUAGGCUCUCGUGCCCACAAGAUGUGGACAUUGCUCCGGAAUCCCAAGAAACACCGUCAUGUCCUCUGCUGGCUUAGUAGAUCUAUCUUCUUGAAAAGCAGACCCAAGCAAUUGAUCCAGGUGCUGGGGUGGCUAUGGGAUCUCUCUGUAGCAGAAGAGCACAUCUACAGCAAGGCAUUUUUCUAUUUUGUCUGCCUGGACAUCAUGCUUUAUUCUGGCUUUAUUUAUAGGACAUUUGAAGAGUGUUUGGAAUUUGUACAAGAAAAUGAAGACAACAGAAUCCUCAAGUUCCACAGUGGAAUCCUCCUGGGACUUUAUUCGUGUGUAGCUAUCUGGUAUGCCAGACUGCAGGAUUGGGACAAGUUCCACAUAUUUUCUAAUAGAGCUAAAAAUCUAGUGCCAAGAAGAACUCCAACAGCUCUUUACAGUGAAGGGAUCAGUAGGUACAUGGAGGCACAGGUUCUCUACCUGCAAAAACAAAUUGACGAACAAUCUGCAAAUGCUCAGGACACUGGUGUUGAGCUACUCAAGAACUUGGAAAGUCUGGUGGCACAAGCUACCACUGGCCCUGUCUUCUACCCAAGGCUGUAUCACCUGAUGUCUUAUGUCUGUAUACUCAUGGGAGAUGGACAGAACUGCAACCUCUUCCUGAACACGGCCUUGCAGCUCUCCGAGACACAAGGCAAUGCAUUGGAGCACUGCUGGCUGACCAUGAACAAAGAAUGGUGGUACUCCAACUCUGGGCUCACUGAAGACCAAUGGUUUCAAACAGUCUUGAAUCUCCCAACCUGGGAAAAAGUUGUGUCAGGCAAGGUAAACACACAGGAGCUUCCAAAGAACAAAUUCCUAAUGAAAGUUAAUAUCCUGGUCAAUCCUUUUUAACAUUUUGUGGAAGAGAACAAAGAUUUUACUAAGACUCAUUCUCUUGUGAUUAUUCAUUAUUAACCUUUCUCCAUAGCCAGCAUCCUUCAACUACCUACACGCCCUUCCAUUCCAGACACAAAAUCAGAAAUCAGACAUGUUGGUUUCUUUUCCUUGGGGAGGGUCCGAAAAGGUGGACAGUGUCAUGCUGUUCUCUCUCCGAUAUUUGCACAGAUUGCUUUUGCCUUUCAUGUUGUUUUAACUUGUCCUGUUUAUUGCAGCCCACACGAAAUUGUAUCAUAUGGGAAAAUAAUAUCAUCAUAAUGGUACACGUUGCUAUGGAAAUACUCUUAGUUAUCUAUUAAACUGAAAAUAUUUAUUUCUAAAUGUUCAAUUCUUCAAUUGUUUGUAUGAUAGCACAGCAUUAUAACAAAUAGCAAAUUCCUGUCAUGGUCUUAAAAACAAGAUUAAAAGACACA